GAGCCCGCGGUGCGGCCAGAGCGAUGCCGGCGGGCGGCCAGGCAGAGGGUGCAGAGCCCGGCUCGGCGCGGCUGCCCUCGCGGCCGGCCCAGCUGCUGUCGGCGCUCUCCUACGCGACCUGCUCCUUCCUCCUAGUGCUGGUCAACAAAGUGCUGCUGACCACCUACGGUUUCCCAUCGCCAAUUUUUCUUGGAAUUGGACAGAUGGCAGUUACCAUAACGAUACUGUAUAUGUCCAAGCUAAAUAAAAUAAUUCACUUCCCUGAUUUUGACAAGAAAAUUCCUAUAAAGCUCUUUCCUUUGCCUCUCCUCUACGUUGGAAAUCACAUAAGUGGAUUAUCAAGUACAAGUAAAUUAAGCUUGCCCAUGUUCACCGUGCUCAGGAAAUUUACCAUUCCGCUCACAUUGCUCCUGGAAACCAUCAUACUUGGGAAACAGUUUUCCUUGAACAUCAUUAUCAGCGUCUUUGCUAUCAUUCUUGGUGCUUUCAUCGCAGCUGGUUCUGACCUUGCUUUCAACUUGGAAGGCUAUAUUUUUGUUUUCCUGAAUGAUAUCUUCACAGCAGCUAACGGAGUUUAUACCAAACAGAAAAUGGAUCCAAAGGAACUAGGGAAAUACGGAGUGCUUUUUUAUAACGCCUGCUUCAUGAUUAUCCCGACUCUCAUCAUUAGUAUUUCCACUGGGGACCUUCAGCAGGCUACUGAAUUCAACCAAUGGAAGAAUAUUCUGUUUAUCAUCCAGUUUCUUCUUUCCUGCUUUUUGGGGUUCCUACUGAUGUACUCGACUGCCUUGUGCAGCUACUAUAAUUCAGCCCUGACAACAGCGGUGAUUGGGGCCAUCAAGAAUGUAUCCAUUGCUUAUAUUGGGAUGUUAGUUGGUGGAGACUAUGUUUUCUCGGUGUUAAACUUUGUAGGGUUAAAUAUUUGCAUGGCUGGAGGCUUGAGGUAUUCUUAUUUGACUCUAAGCAGUCAGUCAAAGCCAAAACAAUCUGUGGAUGUAGAAAACAUCCCCCUGAAUAUAAAGAGCUAGAAUACUGGACCAAUGUGUGGAUUGAUGGACACCUGGAUGCCUGGGUGGAGAUAUCCCCAAACUCAAAACAUGAAGCCAGAAUUGGGAUGUGGGACACUCACCCCUCUGGUUAGAGAACAGAAAGGAAUGCCUGCAAAAUGUAAAGAGAAUCUACCUCAUGAGCCAUGAGAAAUAUGUCCAGGCACAGCCAUUCCAGUUAAAAGUGAAACUUUUCAAAUCAAGCCUUUGGUUAAAGGGAUUAUUCCCAAGGGAGAAGUGGGCCUGCCUUUACCCGAACAGUUGAUUCCAUGCUCACGUGUCACUGUUGUUUGCUGGUAUUGUGUGCACUUCAGAGGAGAGGCUGAUACUGGAAUGC